UAUUUUGCUUUAUAAAACGACCUUUCAUUGUAGUUAGUGGAAUGUAAUUAGUCAAAAGGCAGAGUAUUAUUAUAGUUUCCACCACCAACUGUACGAAUGCAACUAUAGACAAUAAUUAAUUAAAGCAACUAUUAAUCCUACUUGCUUUAGUAUACUAUAUGUCUAUGCUCUAAUGAAUCAUAAUCAUCAAUAAAUACUGUACAGGAUUAGGGUGAUUGUCUAAUUUGGUAAAGAGCAAAUAAUCAUAACAUCUGUAGAAAGAAGAUGAGUGGAUCAGGGGGUAGAAAAAAUGAGAAGGAUAGCAAGGAAGACAAAGAAGGAGAAGGAAGUGGAUGGGCAUCAACGUUUUUUAAAGUAGCCGGUGCAGUGGGUGCAGUGGCCGCAGCAGCAGUAGUAGCCGGUAGCGUAUACAGUAUCCUAAAACAACCCAAAGCUGACGUAACACCAUAUCGAGUGCAGCAAACUCGUCAUCAUAAUCAUCACCACGAGGAGGAGGAGGAGGAAGCUGACGUAGCACCAUAUCGAGUGCAGCAAACUCAAUAUGAAGAAGAACUGGUGAUACUAUAUGUGGACGGUUCACAUAAGCCUGAUAUUCCAUUAGCAGCAUGUGGCGGUUUUCUAUGCAACACAUCCGGGAAAUGGAUUUGCGGUUUCACUCAAAAGUUGGAUCCAAAUUUAAGAUUGGACCAAGUUGAGAAGCAGGCAAUUUUAACUGGUUUGCUGUGGGUUCAUGGGAUGGGAAAGAGGAAUGUUUUGGUGAAAUCGGAUCGUGAAGAGGCUGUGAAAUCGGUGAAUAAUCCUGUUAUCUCUAAAUCUACUAAAGAUGACCCUCUUAUAUGUGAUAUAAAGAAGGUUCUUGAUAGUCCUCACUGGAAAUGCAAACCCGAGUUGAUUCCGAUCCUUAGAGAUGAAAAUAAAGUUGCUGAUAAACUCGCUAAGAAAGCUCACAACUUCACUUCUUUCAAUCUGCAACACUUUGUAAACAGAUCAGAUAUUCUUUAGAUAAGGAAUUUGGUGAUGCUUCUACGAUAUGAUUCAAUGUUUCCACUGUAUGGUUUGUUGUUUUUUUUUUUGGUUACAAGUAUGGUUUGUUUAUGUUCGAUGUAGUUUGCUUGUUUUGUUUUUAUUGUUCAACUUUUAAUUACUUCCCCCCUUCAAUGUAGGGAGGGAGGAAGAAGAAGAAUCUGUAUUGUAAGUGUGCUUGUCUGUAUUGCUACAUAGUCUGCAGUUAAUGAAAUAUUGCUUUCUCUUUAA